AUGAAAAUUGCGGAGAGCACAAUUUUUAUCACGGCAGUUUUAGCUUCUGCUGCUGGUUUUCGUGGAGUUUCAAGGUCACACUCAAGCAGACAUCUUCCCCUCUACGGCUACAACAAUCCGUACGCCCAAAGGUAAGCUUAUUACAGAGUGCGGUUUAUUCUUGGUGUGAUAUAAAAAUGACCGUUCUUCCUAAACUUAUAGCGUCCCCUUGAAAGUUCUGAGAUGUAAAUUUUACCUGGCUUAAUAUUCAACUAAGUAAAGCAUGUUUUUCAGCUCAUCGUAAACUCAGACGCAUUGAAAAGAGGAUUAAAAUUGUUACGUCUUGCUGUUUUGUAUAAGUUAACUCGCGAGUUUCCUUUUCCCAGAAUAAAGAACAAUCUUUCUUUAUUUUUUAAAAUUAUUAUUGUCCGCCGUCCGCCGUCCGCCGUCCGCCGUCCGCCGUCCGCAUCCGCCGUCCGGAUCCGCCGUCCGGAUCCGCACUUUACAGAGUCCCAAUAAUUGCUUUCAUACUGACACCAAGGCGCGAAAAUUCGCACCAAAAUAAAGUGUUUUUAAUAACACCUGCCAGAGUCUAUUUUCCAUAAAAACAAAGAAGGUGCGAGGCAACUUCAGUUCACGCAAACCUUGAAUUCACGGAAUAUCAAACGUAGUGUGGUCAGCAUCAUAUGCACAAGGCCUGUCAUAUGUCCUGCAACAUUCUGUCACCUCUAGGGUGGCAUUGAAAGACAUGUAGCGCCUUGAAAAAACUGACUUAUGCUUUUUCAUGAAUGGAACUGAUGAGUACAAAAGUGUGUGAUUAUCGCUGGUUAUGACAGAACAAACCCGGUGCCCUAAAUCAUCAGAGUUUCAGUUUCUGGAAACAUUACAGAUUCUGGUUUGUCUUUUUUAGCGUACCUAACUUCCAACCUUUGACAUGCAACAGUAAAGUUUCAUUAUUUUCGUGACGAAAGAGGAGAAAAAUGAAUUGUUUAAUACUUGAUAUCCUUUUGACUCGGGGAAAUAAGAAAAGAAUAAUUUAACCUAUCACUCCUGUAUCACGCCAUGUGGCGUAAUUGAAGAGAACUGUAUGGAAUACUGAUAUGAGCCAGCAGAGUCAAGUUUCCGGACGAAAAAAAAAAACGGGAUAAUUCAUAAAAAAUCGCUAAAGAGAGAUGACACUAGGAAUUUGACUUUUUGUGACUAUUAUUGUUUUUGCCGGAAAUUUCGUUUUGUUUUGUUUUGGCUCUAAAAUCAGACGAAAUGGUCAAGAGUCUUUGUUCUGGGAAAGUUUGUAUUUGACGCGAAAACAUCAUCUUUAUGAGAGUCCGCAGGGUCAGAUCCAGAAAAUUCAGAUAGCGGUGGCCGGGAAACUUGCCAGCUAAACGGAUUCUUCUUAUUUUGCUGCCGUAAUUGUAAAAAUAAUACCAAAAUUAACAGGAAAAAAUUAAAAGGGGGGAGGGUGGAGGGGCGUGGCCCCCUCGGCCAUCCUCUAAAUUCGCUGAUGGUCCCGAUGGGGUUCUACAAUCCUAUCAUCCCGAUGGUUAUUCGACAGCAUCCAGCAUCUCAUGCAUACUUUUAAUCCCGAAUCUCGACUCAAUUUUUUUUUCCGUUCCCUGCUCCCGGGUGUUCCCCGUUUAAAUAUCAUUCCCUUUGGCUUUUAAAUCCCCAAUCCCUGCCUUCAAAUGAGGCAAGUCCCGGAUCCCAAAAAACCUAUUGAAGACUGUCCUCAAUCAAAGUUGUCACACUGAGCUCUUCCUCACUCAACUCAAAACUGCACUCGAUCAUAAAACGCAAAAAGUGAAAUUUUAGAGGCUUGUCAAAGCGCUACGAAUUAGCCAACACAAGGCUCUUGUGGAAUAAGUUAGCUGCUUAUCUGUACAACUGCUUUCUGCUCGUAGAAACUAAGAAUUACGCGAACAGUACAAAGACCGCAACUCUGGAGCGUUUCAAAUGAACCAACCCCAACUGGUCGGCCCCGUUUUUUUUUUUUAAAGAAAAUCGAAAAGUCACAUGGCUAUCUGCACUGUCAGACUCUUGUUAACCACCGAUCUAAUCUGUCAUAGCCACGAAACUAAAAGGAGGGUUAUUACUUGUUGUUAUCUCUUGAAGAAAGAUAAAUUAUGAUAUUAUGACCUCCUUGGAAGCGGAAUGAGCGACACAGGAUAAUAUAGAUAAGACCACUGAUGUCAGGAAAGAAAAGAGAUCUUGUUUCUGUCACUUUUGAUAUCUACGACUACUUUUACGCAGAAAAGAUUUUCAUGUAGAUCCUAUACAUAUGACUGACUCACCUGGAAAUAAAUUUUGGCCUUAAAGGUAGACGUUAAUACACCCUGUUUGUUAUAGCAUUUUACACAAGAAAACAUAAAUCAUUAUGAUUCUUCCAUGCCUUUGUGACAAACGACUCUAGCACGAUUUCUCACCCUCUUCAGAAGCUUCUUUGUCACGGCGUAGACGGAAAAAAAUAAGCGCGCAGGGGACGACGGGAAGGGGAGUUGACGACGGGAAGGGGAACUCUCCUUCCCGUCGUCCACAGCGCGCUCACUAAAACCCAGGUAGACUCUCUGGGGAGGAGAGAGUGCAACCGACUCGUUUUUAGGGUAUUCGAAUUUCACCGCCUCCUCCCUAUCAUGAUCAGAGAGGAGAAGGGGAAUGCGACUCCCCUAAAAACAAUUUUUAAUGUUGUUGAAUGAAGUAAAAGUGAUAAAGUGAUAUAAUAGCCAUUUCUGAAAUCGGUUGCAGCCAACACGGUUUCCAAUCAAAAAGGCUGGUACUCGAUCCUUCGAACAAGCUACCGCUGUACAGACGUACCGGUGUCAAGGCACCAAGUCCUCAAAUACAAAGCCAAGAGCAUAGUACCCAGGCACCAUCCCAGGGCACCUCGGUUUCUGGCGGACAGUACUGUAUUUACCAAAAGCCCAAGCAAGUGACUUGUAAUGUAGCGCACAUGAAAAGAGUGACUCACCAGUUCAAGUACUAUUGUGGAACACAAUCUCAGCAAAAAGUUUGUACUGGUCACAGGUGUGUUACAGUUAUAACUUAGUUAAACCAUGAACAAACGCGAAACACAUGCGCGCAAAUAAUUUAUUACUUAAAUUCAAGUUCUACAUGCUAACUUUUUUCGAAAAAGAAGUGAAUGGUUAUUUGUUUGUUUUCCCAACUGUUUCCUGCGCCUAAGACUUGGUUGCACGUUUCAUGACAUGUGACACUGGUUAUAUCAUUUUCCCUGCGUUGACACUUGGUUGCAUUUUAUGGCCCUUGAUUUUCCCGCCUCCAGCUGCUUAUCCGGGCCGAAGUCACGCAUCGCGUGAGGAUGGGAAGCGUUGUGUAACUUCGGCCCAAGUGACCGCACCGAAUGCAACCUGUUCCGCCAGGCGUUCGGAUGGUGGAGUGUGGAGCAAAGUUAGAGAGCGUGUCGCUGUUCCCUGCUGAAGUCUCUUUGCACGGUGCCCACAAUAUUAACGUCUGGUUGCAUUAUUUCCCGCCCUUGACGAUACAGGUUGCGCAGUUUCUCACGCUUAAAUUUGCAAGUUCUCCCUCGCUUGUAAUUUUUUGUCUUCCCACAGCUUUUGAUGCCUUCGUUGCAUUAUUUGCGUUUGUUUUCGUUGGUGGUGAGUGGUUUUGAGUCCAUCUUUGAACCUCUAUGUUCGACCAAUUUCCCAAAGCACUACAAAAAUUUUCCCACUCAAAGCCCUACUUCUGAAACCUCCCGUAAACAAUCACCUCUCGUAAGCAACCGUAACGGCUUUCUGGAGCAUCGAAGUUUUAUAAUUUUCCAUCGUUUUUAAACCUCAGUUGCAAGUGAAUACUUGAAGCAUGGUCUGAAAUCUUAGAUUCUGCUGUAUGUAGUACAAUACUCAUAAUAUAGAAAGAACUGCUAGUGACAACAUGGAACUGUGUAUUUCGUAAAUUGCAUGCAAUAAAUUUUCUUGCAAAGGUAACUAUGUCGGUACCUCUACUCGGAAUUGCCUACAUAGCUGGCGGAAAAAGCGGCAAGUCACCGAAAAUCCCUCGCGGCUCCGCCGCCAAGAAAGUACCCCGCGGAUAAAGAGAAUACCCCGCGCAUAACAAUCCCACCAGCUACGCAGGCUGUAUUUGGAAAAGAGCCCCGUGGUUAGAUAUUCUCAAAAUCUACCACCUCUCGUGAGCUACCGUUAAACCUUCGCAUUUGUAGCGUCACUUAUAAGAGGUUCGACUGUAUUUUCAGGGUAACCUAUCGUCCACAGUAUAAAAUAGAGGUGAGAACAGUGAUUACGUCGGUCAAAGACUGUUGUCCCGGCUUCACAGGAAAAGAUUGCAGUCAAGGUGAGUGCUAUUCUAUCAAAGUCAGUUCCAACUAAGAUUUUCAUCAUGACUUUCAUUCACAUCAAGCCAUCAACUGGAGUGCUUCUGUUUCAACAGCCUGUUUUAAUUGCACCAAGUUUCUUCUGCUGGAAGCCAGGUUAAAAGCCUUGGAACAGGUUAGUAAUGUACGAAGACGGAAUUUCAAGGGAAAAUAUGAAUAAAACUAACAAAAUGAUAAAGUGCCCCGGCGUCGCUGUCGCGCGUCAUUACGUAUGUCACUCGCGCGUGACUUCUCGGAGAGCUUGCUCGCCGCGUAACAGACGAGCCAGGUAACUGGCAGGUAAUCCGCGUUUAGACUGAAGCUCAGCAUGUACAAAGAUGCCGACUAACUGAAGUAGCUCUUCUCUUUUUAAAAGAGUCUGUCACUGUCUUUGAGCUCAGCUGAAAAUACAAAUGUAGUUUCAUUUUUUGGGAUGUUCCGUUAGAAACUGCCUUUUGCUUUGAUUUUCACUUGUUUAUUUAUUGGUUGAUUCAGAUUUGUAGAGAACCAGUAACCGAACUCUUUGAUUCGUGGUGUUUGUUUCGCCGUUUCAAAUUUUACACCAAACCUACCUCUAGCAUGCAUGCAAUGGACACCUUGCAAUUUACAUAACUUACAGACUCUUUUUCAUGGUCGAAGGUUAAAGAAACCCAUUUUCUGUUUAUUUUUAAAAGAAAAGUCAAAAAACUCGUGCCGAGGCGAUAGUUCAGGACAGCGAAAUCUCAAGAGGUCCACCAGGACCUCGCGGGCCACCCGGACCCCCCGGGCCCCCCGGGCCCCCCGGCAGACGAGGGGAAACCGGAGAUCCAGGGCCUCCAGGUUUAAACGGAGUCCAAGGUGGGUAGGAUAUCAAUGGAACUUAAAAACACAUUAACAUUCCCAGUCUUCACUUAAAGCGUAGAAGCGAAUAUAAAUUGAUUGUUUUUGUUUUUGUUACUUUCAGGGCAAUCACGUGGUUUAAGAGUCCAGAAAGGCGAGAAAGGAGAUCCCGGCGAGCCGGGUACCACAACAGCAGUGACCGGAGACCCGGGACCACCUGGAUCCCCAGGACCCAUGGGACCCCCAGGAUUAAAGGGGGAACUGGGACAAUCAAUACAGGGACCACGAGGACCUCCUGGACUUCCGGGUCCAGCGGGAGAACGUGGCCGCCCAGCUAUCGGAGCCUCGGUGAGUUUUAAAAGACGAUCUUAGUUUUAAAUUACUGAAAGGCCUACGCGUAAAUUUACUUGGUCAUCCAGCAAAACUAUCGGGGACGGAUAUUCUCAGGGUUAAUUUUAUAACGUUAUUUCGUGGAGUUAGAGUUAAUCCUCCAAAAUCCUGAAUUCAAGAUUUUGGAAAGCUAAAACGCUUUCCGGCCCAGGUGAAAAAUGGGCCCUCUACAUUUACAAAUCUUGCUGAAAAUCGACCAAAUGAUUUUUUUCUGGCGCAGCGUUGUUAGUAAAAUUUUAACAAGUUUAGGCUAUUAUGGCGGAAGUAAUGCCUGCCCAAAACUCCUCUUUUUCGCUCGGACGCCUUUUGAAAAGAUAAUUGUAAUAGUUCUGCAUUGCACUUUUUCUUUCUGAAAUAGCGACAUUUAAACGUCAAUUCAAUUUGCUAUUCAGAGAGAGCCUACAAAAGUAUUUUUGGUAGACAUGAAGCGUGGUAACAAAAAGGUCUUUUUGUAUUUUCAGCCUGAAGAUUUAACCGCUCUUAAAGAUCAGAUGAAAAUGCUGUCUGCCAUAGUCAUGGAGUUGGAAGAAAAAAGUAAGCAAAACAAAGCAUGAGUUUCUGUUACUAUUUAAAGAUAGGCAAAUAACAGUUAAAGUACCAAGGCAACAUUUUUUGGACGAGCCGUCUGGUUAGUUAUGCUGGUUGGAUACCGCUGAGUAGUAUUUAGAGGAUGCUUGAACCAAAUUAUUCAAAAUGGCGGCCUACCAUGAAUGCUAGAACGAGAAUCAUUGAAAAUGGGGACCUCCCAGUAGGGUGGUUAGACAAACUGGUACAAACCGGUUUCGGGGGGUCGUGGGAUGCAGGGCAUGUUUUUUCAUGCGAGGGAGUAUGAAGCGUAAGGUGGACGCGUUUUUUUUGUUAUUUUGUAAAAAGAUGAUGUUAUCGAACGAGUCUUCGCAGUUAAUUUUUGUAGCUUAGUUUAAUUUUUAGACUGCAAAACAGUCCGUAGUUUUACGUAUUCAAGUACGCGCGAGCAGUCAAACUAAAGAUCUGGAACGAGGCUGAAAACAGAGGACGAGGUUGGGGAGAGACGCUAAAAAUGCGAGCGUGUGAGACUCGCGCGCGCCACGCUUUAGCGAUUUUUUAUUACUGAUUUUGAGGAAAAAAUUGUCUAUUUUGCAGUCUAUUUAAUUUUUGUUUUCCUUUGUUUUGGGGUAUGGUAAUGCAGGCGAAUUUAAAACAAAGGAAAACAAAAAUCAACUGAAAUAAAGAAAAAAGUAAUAAUAUUUGCGGAAGAAGCAUACCUAGCUUUGUUAAGUAAAAUGAUGAUGAUGCCUAUGACAGUGGGCAUGAUGAUGAUAAUGAUGAGGAUGAUGAUGAUGAUGAUGAUGAUGAUGAUGAUGAUAAUGAUGAUGUUGAUGAUGAUAAUGAUGAUGAUGAUGAUGAUGAUGAUAAUGAUGAUGAUGAUGAUGAUGAUAAUGAUGAUGAUGAUGAUGAUGAUGAUAAUGAUGUUGUUGAUGAUGAUAAUGAUAAUGAUGAUGAUGAUGAUGAUGAUGAUGAUGAUAAUGAUGAUGUUGAUGAUGAUAAUGAUGAUGAUGAUGAUGAUGAUGAUGAUGAUGAUAAUGAUGAGGAUGAUGAUGAUGACGAUGAUGGUAGUAUCCAACAAAAAUCACCCAAUAAAAAUCAACAAAAAAAUCACUCAUUUUCGGAUUGCUAGACCACUAUUAGCAAUAGUAGCUACAGGCAGUCGGUUAGCAGUUUCGCUCUUGCUGAUUGAUUCUGACUUGAUCUUGUUUGCUUAGUUUCCAGGUGUGAGUGCACUGCUGGGAGUCAGCGAGGUGUGGCUAAAAAGAGCGACGCUACAAUGUACCCUUCAACUCUACCGAACACUGAAUCACAGACCACAAAAGCCACCACUUCAGAGCCAUUGUUUGCUCCACCCGCCAGACGUUGA